AAAAAAUGCUUGCCUAAUCUAUUUGAAGACGUCAAAAAACGCCGUUAGUUUAAGCCAAGAAAGCUGCAUAUCCGGAAACGCAAGUACAAGUACAGUGUACGAGCGAGUUGUCAUUUUUCCAUCUUCGACGCAUACUAACUGAAAAUGCUUCCUGUUUAUGGAGCAAAUUAUAUGCACCGGCCUCCUGAAAGACCAAGAACUACAGGACAGCCGAAUAAUGCACCAAGACAGCUAGAGUUCAACGAAGCUAUGAACGAUUUUAAGCACAUGUUUCCAACGCUUGAUCGGGAUGUCAUCGAAGCUGUCUUACGUGCUAACAAUGGUCUUGUGGACGCAACUAUCGAUCAACUUUUAUCAAUGGGAAUUGAUAUGGAGGGAAAUAUUCCCAACUCUGGUCACCCUCAUCUGCCUUCAUAUAGUGCUGUUAAUGAGGCCGAACCUCCCCCAGCUUAUACACCGAGGGAAAACAACCCUUCGCUUUCCUCUUCAUCAUCUCGACCACUUCCUGCAAGACCCUAUUCCGCAUGGAAUCCGCCAUUGCUAGGUAAGCUACCGGACGAUUUUCUGCGUCUUGGGCCGUCUACGACUCCAGCGAGAUCUCCUCUCAGUGGCGAUGGAGACAGCAUGGAUGACAAAGAACUUGAGCGGUUCUUAGAAGAUGAGAAAUUAGCCAUGGUGCUCCAGAAUGAGGAAUUUAUGCGAGAGCUGAGACAUAAUAAAGAUUUCAUGCUGUCACUGGAAAAAGGUUUGUGGUUUCGAACCAUUUUAUAAAAAGUCCAUUUCCCGAUUUUUCAGUCUCUUUGAUUCUAGAAAAAGUGAUCAAAACCUUCAGAAACCGAAUAUAUUUGCCCUUCCGUGAAUGUAAGGGGUAUUCUUCAAUAACGAUCAGCUUUCUUUUUUGUUUUUCCUUGUUUUGCGGAACCUUUUAUUUUAAUACCAUCAUAUAAAAUUAAUAGCUUACUAUAUAUUCAAACCUUCGAUCUAAAUGAUAACAUAAAGUGUUUUUGCAUUAAAUAUUAAAAAAUUUCAAUGGAGAUUUUGAUUUUGUGUUCACGGUCUGGAAGUGUUACAGAUCUUCUAUAAAAAUUGUUUUUAAACAUCCAGACUUUGUACACGUAAUCAUGUUCUUGAGUGACACCUGGUACCUUAAUUCGUUUGUUUCUUUCAGUCUAGGUAGCAACCAUCCAUGUUAAACAAAAUCUUCAGAAGAAACAGUUUUUAGAAAGGAACAUAAAAUAAAUAAAUUGCAUCAAACAAGUUUUCAACUUGAGGAACUGACUGGAAAUUGUUUUCAAUUUGUACUCUAUUCAAGUAACACAAUAUAUUGUUUUUGUUUCAAAAUCAUUUUUAUAGGCACUUAGUUACUGAGUAAGCAUCAUACAUGUAUGUCAAAAGAAACCCGAUUUCUCAAAACUCUUGGUUUCUAGAAACUCCCAAUAACUGAAGCCAACACUGACUUCCCUUCCCCAGUCAAAUGCAUGUACAUUUAGUGGGGCAAAGGAAGACUGUGAGCAGUCUCUCUUUGCCUCAAAAAUCUGUGUUAGAGCCUGAUAUGCGAACGUGCGAGCAGAAAAGCCACAAGCAACGAGUUGCUUGGUGUCCACACAACUUGCUGCUCACAGCUUUGUGGCUCGUGCACUAACAUAUUACACUCUCACAGAUUUUUUAGCGAAAGAGAGACUGCUCCCAGUCAUUUAUACUGUACUUUAGACAACAGUUCAACUCUGAAAUACAUGAACCAAUUUUUGCCCAGGUUUGAUUGAUAGUGUACCUCUUGUAUAAAAUGACCAAUAAUGAUUACAUGUAGGCAUUACCAUUCCCCCUCUCAAGAGUAAUCAACAAACAAAAUAUAAAUUUGAAAAAUUUUUUCAGGUACUCUUUAUAUUCAUUAAUAUUUAUUAAGACAUUUUAAAGGUAUCCUUGAGUUUUUUGUUUUUUAAAAAGAUGCUGCAUGCUGUUGGUUGAUCCCUAGCCAAAAUAGGACUGUGCCACUAUGAUUUAAUUGAUAAAUAAAAGAGUGGUUUUUUAACUAUUUUCUCUCAACAGAUAGGCAAAGAAAUACUACAAUCGCAUCCAAGAAUACUCUAGGUUAGUUUACAAUUUCCCUUGGCUGCUAUGGUGCUGUACAUUGUGGUUGACAUGAUGUUUUUUUUGUUGUUAAAUAAUAAUUUGUAAAAUACAUCAGAAGAGUGUAAAAAUUAUUCAAAAGGCUCAUUCUUAAAGUAUGAAUGAUAUUCUUUUAAGGGCAGACAACUCUACUUACAACCACCUUGACAAAACCUGCUUGGACCCCAGGGCUGUGCUUUAGCAAUACCCAGUGGCCCCUGGCACCAAUUACUUUUGCUCUCAGGCUACUGCAGGCAACUUUAUUUUGUUAAUAGAAAUCCUAUGCUGGGUACUCUGGGUUUCACAGGUUCAGAGCAGGGGGCUCCAUUCAAUGUUUUUAGAGCACAUCUUUGGUCCAACUUCUGCAUUUCCAUCAGUGGCCAUUCCUGUAGGAAGCCACAGAUUAUUUAGGACGGCAUAGUGUAGUGUUUUUUUCUUGUGUUUCUAAUGUAUCAUUACCAGACGCAAAGGAAAAAUUCUUUUUUUCUCUACUGAUCUAUUACACAGUUCAGGGUUUUUCCAGGAUUGUUAUUACAUAGGUUUAUGAAAAGCUCAAUGAUUUAGUAUUAAUAGUGUUAUAACGAAACACUGUCUUUCCAUGAAAUUUUUGCCUUGCCAUACAUGCAUGGUCAUUAUUCAGUCAGCUUGCGUGGUUUCAAAAAAUUUUGUUACCAGUCCCCCUCUCCUUUGGAGGCCAGUACAUGGUUUUUUUUUCGGCCUUGUCACGUGCUUAAAACUUGGUUCAAGUUAUUGAGGGUAAAAUUACAUAGAAAUGAUCGGAAGGGAAACAAAAAUUACUUUGAGUUGGCAGGGGGUUCAAGUUAUCGAGGGUUCAAGUUACUGAGGGUAAAAUUACAGUAAAUAUAUGAAGGAAAUCCAAGGGAAAUCGACUUUGGUUUGAGUUAGUGUGCCAUUCAAGUUAGCGAGGGUUCCACUUAUCAGGAGUCGACUGUAUAUGCACUUAUAUUUUAAUCCCAUUUAAUCCCCUUCUGACUCUGCACCACAGAAUCUUAUUGAGAAACCAACUCUGCAUGUUAAAAACAUUUUCUAGCACCUGUUGAGACAACAGCCAAAGCAGACACAACAGCAGCAUUAGCUACUGCAAGUAUGAGUGGACAGUCACACACAGCACAACCUUCCACAACAUUAGUGGGUGUUGAACCUGUUGCUGGGGCAGUGGGAGGACACCCAGCAAGUCCAACUCAUGAUGAUGCUGUCUUUAGGGAAAAACUUAAGCACAUGGGAAAGAGUAAGUACAAUGUUUGAUCAUCUGGGUGCUUAAAAUAAUUAUUUGAAAAUGGGAGUUCUUAAAAUGAAGGGUUUUGGAUUUUUCAAUGUUCAACACAUGAUUACUACAAUGUAUGAAAGCUGUAUUAAUGGACACCCACCUACCAAACAUAUUCUUUAACUCCAGUGGGUGUACAUGUUCACCUGUCUUUAGAAUGACCAACAGCAUGGGUCAAAGUGGUGUUCGUGAUAGAGAGUUGAUGUAAAUACCACCUGAUGGCUUAACAAGUUUUAUUCACAUUACUUUUAAUAAACCCUUAAGCCCCAGUAUCAACAAGCAAAUUCUCCACGCAGUUGUUCUGGUCUCCAUACCUUUCCUUAAAGAAGUAGUUGAGUGAAUUUGAUAAAAGUUCAAAGUAUUAUUUUGUUCUUUGGUUGUCAUUAAUUUUUAUUAAUAAGAUUAUUCUCAUUUAUAACCAUUAAUUCUCUUAAUUGUGUAGUGAUAUUGUUGGGAGCAAGUUGAUGUUGGUUUUUGGGGCUAAUACCAUGUACCUGUAUAGAGUUAACUGAUCAUUCAUUAUUCAAAGUGCAAAAGCACUUAAAGAAGUGCACGUACACAUAAGAUUAAUUGUCGUCAAGUUGUUUCUCGGAAUGUUUUAUUUCACAUUUUAAUUUUUAAGAUUUUUUUUGUUUCAGUUUUGUUAUUGAAUCUGAAAACAUGAUCGACAUCAUAACCAUGUCAAAUAAUGUUUAUUUAUUUUAUUUCUAUAAUAUAUAGGUACAAGAAAGAAGUUUGAAAAAAUGGCUAAGGUGUUUCACAGAAAGAAUGUGAAUCGUGCCAAGUAUCCUUUUACAUUAUAUUGUUUUAUAUUGGUCUUUAGGGACAAAUUCUGCAGCUGUCUGUUUUACAACAAUUAUUUAUCAUCAGGCUUUAGAAUCAUGAUUGUGUUGCAGGCGCUGUUUUAAUCUGAUGGCUGCUUCAGUUAUAAUGUUCAAACCUUUUCUUAAAGGUGUAUUAUGUGCUUAAUGGGUCAUAAUAUAAAAGAAAUGCUUAGAGACAUGAAAAUAGAGUUGCCCUUUGUUGUGGUCAUGUACAGGUCAAAAUUAAAUUCAGGUUAAAAUUUUUUAACCUAGGUUGAUUUUCUAUUUCCUUUGUCUCCUACGUCUAGCUCUAAUUAUUCAUGAAGGGCUAGAAGACAAAGGAAAGAGAGAAUCAACCUAGGUUUAAUAAUUUUCACCUGGAAAUAAUUUUGACCUGUAGCAUAUAUGUUUGUUUUGUUGUCUGCAACACACAGAGAGAAUGGUAACUGUGUGCCUUUGAUGAAAGAGCCUUGUUGUGCUCAGUGCACUGUCAGUAGUAGGCUACAAAAAUGUUAGUCUUAAUGUAUUCCUCUAUUAAAGCCCAAUAUCCACCUACAAAUUCUCCAGACUGAUCUCCAUGCAUAUCGUUAUAGGACUAGCAAGAGAAUUUGUUCUACUAAUUCUGUAUGGAAAUGUAUGGAGACCAGUUUGGAGAAUUUGUUUGUGGAUAUUGGGGCUUAAAGAGGUUAUGGAUUCCUUAGUCUCUAACAUGGAAACAUGUAUUGCAGACAGUUCUAAUAAUAAUAAUAAUAAAAUAUUUAUAUAGCGCCUAUACUUUUCAGUGCUAAGCGCAGUUCUGCUGAUCCCUGAUACCAAUCUUCAUACAACUCCAACCUGUAUCAUAAAUUAGACACCUAUACUCGUAGUAAUCUCAGAGCAGGAAGUACGUUCGAACUUUUUUAGGUUUACUGUCAAAUGUGACCUUAUUUCCUAAUAAAUUGAUGCUGCAAAUGCUUCCUAUAUGUUUUCGUAAAAAAGAAACAAAACAACUUCGAAAAAAAGAAAAAAGUACGUCUCACCUGGCAGGAGUCGAACCCGAGUCCUUCGAUUUGUAAGGACAACGCAUUAUCCAUUGCGCCACGCAACCAUUGCUGAAACUGCACGUCAAAUUAAUUGUAUUUAACAUUUUUGUGCCCACGAAAUAAAUCAUUCAAGAUGGCGCAGAAAAUGCAGACGUACGACGAAAUGAGUAUCGGAAAAGGUCACCCUCGAGUCUCAGGAAUCCCAACUGAGUACCCCAGGAAUCCCAAGAUUAUGUGUUGGGUAAUCUCUUCACAUCGGAUGCAACAAUGUGGACUCUUGGUGUCACUACUUUGGUGUCCUCUUUGGUGUCUACUACACAUUAUCUGAUCCUCUGGAAAAGGCUUCAAUGUCAGGUGUAAAAAUCACUGGCAUUAAUAAGAAGGGAGGUAAUUUUGCAAUUUUUUUUUUUAUGCAAGUUGCAAAAAGCCACAGGUGUUGGUAAUGAAGGAGUUCUGUAGGCUGCCUUUAGUUCUAUAUGUUUCACUUGAUAGUUUCUAACUUGUUUGCAGCAUUAAUUUAUUGCAUGCAUGAAAUAAUAUAAUUUAUUAUUACACUUGUGUUUACAGUUUACCAUGGGGGAUUUCUAAAAUGGUUAGUUUCUAAAGAAACAUGGGAUAAAACGGAAAAAAGUAAAGAUGACAAACUCAUUUUGUUUGUGCUUCUUACAGCCAAACUUUUUUGCAUGUUGGCCUUACAGUAAAUCGCAUUUUGUAGUUGUUAUUAUAAAUAUGCCUUGACAUUUUAGUAUCAUUGCUACUGCCUCUGCAGCGUCAACUGCCAAUCUUCUGGAAGGUUAUAAUGAGGAUGAUGAUGGUGAGUGUUCUGACACUAAUUUUGUUAUUGCAGUCAAACCCCACCACGGCAACCCCAGGGGACAAAGUUCAGGGGCACCCAACUACUGUCUUCUGUAAAAUAUCUGUUUGAAGAAUAUUCUACAUUGAUCACUUGAAUAUGGCUAAAAAUUUCUAGGUGAGCAUUCCAUUCAGGUACAUUUUUCGAAUCAUAUCAAAAAAAUUCCCUAUGAUUUUCUGAAGUUUAAUUUUUCACAUAAUUUUCGAAAAUUUGGGAUUCAAAAAUAUGAUGGAGUGAGGAAUAAGAGAAAUUCUCACUUUGGUAAAACGUUCAAUUGCAUCUAAACUUACCUUACGGAAAAAUAACACUAAGCCCUUGUAAUUUCCAAAAGCCUCAAGCUCCCUUGGAUGACCAAACAUACAUGUAUACAAAUUUUAUAUCCCUGCUUAAAAUGCAUUUCUAGAGAUCUAAGAGUACUCUGGAGAGUCUAAACAGACUUUUCAAUGCAUUUUGGAAGAAACCGUCAUUGGGUGCCCCUGACAGUUCCUCAAAGUAGAUUGUAGGGAAGUUAGAACAACAUUGAAUGUAUCUGCAGGGACAAAUAACGGGGCCAAUGUAGAGAGGUAGUUCUUACUGGAGGAGUGUGACUGUACUACAUUGUACAAAAUAUAACCCUGGGGGUGGGGGACUUGGGUCUAUUUUUGCUUGGUGCAUGUAUGUGCUGCUGGCCUCUAGGAAACCCUACCCCAUUAAAGUCUGCUCCGUGGCCAAUAAACAGACCCCAUCUUAGUCACUUUGCGCAAAUGAAAUUUUCUCAAUCCUAACUUAUUCACUUUCUGUUUAUGCAUCUACCUUAUGAAGCCUUUGGACUAGGUCAUCUUAAAAUGAAUUUACACAUUUUUUUAAAAUCCCUACAUACCAGAACUUUCUUAACCCCCAAAAUCCCAAUAAUAUGUGACCCCAUUCUCGUGCAUGUACCUCUUUUGAACAAACAACCCCAUUAUAGUCAAUAUGGUGGAGAAAAUGCCACCCCACCCAGCCACACACCCUUAUUAGCCUAUUACUAUGAGAUUCAAUUUGUUGUUAGUUGAGUGAUUCCUGAAGAUGCAUCUGUUUCUUAUAAAUGGGACACCACUUCCAUCAUCAAAGUACAAAGAGGAAAACCCCCAACUCCAGGAUGUUACUGAUUGACCCUUUAAGGCCCAAUAUCUACAUACAAAUUCUCCAGACUGAUAGAUGUCCUUACAUGUACAUUAAUUUUCCUCAUAGAAUUAGUUGACAGAAUUUGAUAAAUGAUCAAUGCAAUUUUGCUUUGGUGAUCAUUUUAUUAAUUCUCAUAACCUUUUCUCAUGAUCAUGUACUGAUGUUAUUAGGAGAAAAUUGACUUUCGUCACUGUUGUUAUUUGUUCAUAUCCAGAUGAAAUGCUUAAUGCUAUGGGAUCUGCCAAGCUGGAAAUCAUGGAUGAGAGAGAUGACGACAAGGUAACAGAGAGUUCACCUCAUCGGACAGCUACAAACAUACAGCGAAAGGCACAAAAGGUACACAAAUGAGCAUUUGUAUCUUGAGCUUUGAUAUCACCUCUCCUACAAAUCAGGGAAGAGGUCAAAAAUAACUCCUAUACAACUUUAAAAAAAUGUUUAAUAAAAUGUUCCAAAGUUUUUAUCUGAAAUAUUUUCAAGUCCGAAUAAAAAAUUUAAGAACAGAGAAAAGUGGCCACUGUAGGGAGGUGGACAGUUUUAAACAAGAGUUAUUUUUUACAUAGCUGGAAUAUUUUCCCCAGCGGCACUAGCUCUCAUUGGUUACUUUGAGGUCGCAUGACUUUUAACAUUUCCAAGCAGGCAACAGUGAAAAUGACAUCAAAGUGUAACAGUUCACUGUUACCCUGCAAAUGUUGGGUACUGGCGCAGAAUUACCCUCCCUCAAAUUACACACGUAAAAGUUUUUUGCUGUUGUCCUUGACUAUGUAACAAAUCACUGAGUUAAUUACUGCCUCUCAUGAAACUAAUUACUUUUGUUUCCCUCAAAUGUUGAUGUAUCUAACGUAUUUCACAUGCAAUUAUAAAGAAUUUUGCUGCUACAGUGUAUGUUUAAGUCAAUGCCGCAAUAUUAUCUUUAGCAGAUACAAGAUUUGAUACAAAUUUUCCCAGGCAAUGCUAACCCCACCCCCAAUAGAAGCCCCUCCAAAUGUGCCUCUACAUUUUUUUAUGGAGUUUAACGGUAGUCUAAGUCUUUUUUAAUCUUUUCUCUUUAGCCGUCCCAGCCAGAGCCAAAGAAGCCCGGCAGUGUUGAGCCAAUAGUCUUCUUUUCAGAAGACAACGAGUUUGCAUAUAAAGAUGAAAAUUAUUAAAAUCUACAAGACAAUACUGUGUUAAUAGAGGCUUAGAGUAGAGUUUGUGUAACAGACAAUGAGGGUGCAGGAAUAAAGGGUAAGUUAAUGAAAAAUUAAGUAACCAUUAGUUACUUAAUAGCUAUAUCUGAUCUGCUCGCACAAAUGGAAGGGUGAUAAUUCUUUUUUAUAAAAUUUCCUGUAAUUAACAUGUAUUUAAAUUUCUUUCCCUUAUUAACGACUCAGGAAACAUGUACACUAAAGAGUUAGCUUGGGUCUUUUUCUAUUAUGUUUUGCUGAGUACCACAUUACGUUGGUCAAAACUGCAUGAGAUGGUUCCAAGUCGUCGGCUUUUGUCGUACUUGGAACGUUAACCUUACAUGUACAACUGAGUUGUAUGGCUGCCAGUACAAUGAAACAACGUUAAAAUGCGGGUCAGGGAUCUUUAUACUUUUCUGGGAAACUGCCCACAUACCCCUCCCCUAAGCCAACAUUAACACUUACUUCUCACUUGGGGCAAAAUGUUGGCUUAAGGGAGGGGUAGGUGGGCAGUUUUCUAGAAACGUAUAACGAUCCCUACUGAUUCCUACAGUAAACUCUCUCUAAGACAGACGCAACUGGGACUUGGACUCAGUGUUUGACUUAGAUACAAAAUAUAGGUGUCCGGCCAAUAGAAAAACUUAAAGAAAUUGUCUAAAGAAAGACGAACUAACUAUAGAUGGCCGUUUUGAAGAGGAGUCCAUCUUGUAGAGAGACAAAGAAAAUGACUGGAGAACGACAGGGACCAACUGUAGGUUUCUGUUUUUUGUAAGUUGUCCUUCUUAUAGAGAUAUCCGCGGAGAGAGAUGACUGUAGAAAAUUCUAUAUUUUGUCUAGAGCAGCCCAUGGUAUGUUUCCUUAACAUGCACUUUGUGAAGUUUCCUGUGAGAGGAGUUGCGAUGUUUUAGUCGUAAACCUAUUUAUAGUUCAGAAGUGCUUCCAGUUCCUUGAAUCACAGUAGGAGGUUACUGUCCACCCAUUCUCAAACUCAUAUCACCAUGAAGGAGGUCUGGGUGUCGGCACUAAUCUGACAAAAAUUUUGCGAUUGGUUUCACCUGAUGAUUUCUCUUCAUGAAUUAUUUGUGGUCAAGAAAAUCGCUAUCUGAUGUCGAUUUUGAAGUUAGCUAUGAUCUAGCUCGAAUCUAGUGUAGGUCAGAUUUUGUAUCUGCUAAUGUUUGCUAACACUUGUGUGCAGAAGUCUGCACCUUGCAUAUCCAAAUGGAACAUUGAGUACUACAGAAUACCAGGGCAGAGUUGUUCAAAGCUGGGUUAAGAUAACCGAAGGUUAGUGCGAGAUUUGAAUUCAGAUUUGAAAGCUUAAAAAGCAUUUCAGUUUCAAUUCUUUUUGUCUAUAAAGAUGAUGAUUGGAAGCUCUAAAAAUAACAGAGAAAAUUAUCCGAGAAAAUGCUUUAGAACACAAGAAAAAGAAAACCGGGUUAAAUUUAACUCCGGGUUAAGCGGCCGGGGGGUCUCCGCAUAUGAAAGGGGUGGGGAUGCUCGUCGGAAAUUUUGAAUUAAACCCCUAAAAGAGACCAUGUUCAAACACAGACAACACACAUAUAUAUGUAUAGAUUUUUUUUUUUCACGUGUAACCCUAAACGAGACCUUCACGGCUAAAUAUGAUGGCGUUUUGCCCAGAAAACCCUAAGUGAGACGAAAAUCCGAAAUUUACUCCCCUAAGCGAGACGACGAGCAUCCCCACCCCUUCCAUAUGCGGAGUCCCUCGCCAGAGGUUAAGCGCUAAUCGGUCUUCAAACAACUGGGCCCAGAAGUAUAUUGCUUGAAACGAUCAUUAGACCAUUUUGUUAUUUUGAUAUUAUAGCUUUAAAAUUAAACAUAUGAGUUAUUUACUUGCGUGUGUAAUGUUAUAAUGCCUAUAAAACAGCGUAUAUAAUCUUAAAGUUAAUAAGUGUCAGUCGAGAGACUUCUACUAUUACCACGCGGAGAAGUAUGCUGCCAUUCCCUUCAUGGAAAAUAACAAAGGACAG